AUGGUUCGAGGUCAUAAUUUAUCCAUUGACACAGUUGCCGCUUCACUAGAUAACAGUGUGAAUCAUUCAAGCUUCGAUGAUGACGACUAUCUGACUUCUUCACCUUCAAUUAUUGAAGAAGAAAUUGAUUUUACUCUAGUCUAUGCCUUACAUACCUUUCAUGCAACGGUUGAGGGUCAAGCUAACGUCGUGAAAGGAGAUUCAUUAAGUUUGUUGGAUGACUCGAAUAGUUAUUGGUGGCUAGUUAAAGUUUUACCAAGUGAUGAAAUUGGAUAUAUACCUGCUGAAAAUAUUGAAACACCGUACGAAAGGCUAGCAAGAUUGAAUAAACAUCGAAAUAUCAAUUUAACAUCCUCACAAAACAAUACUGAAUCGGAUAACUCGAUUUCUAAAAUUUCAACAAAUCAAGUAAAGGCUGUCACUUUUGCAUCUCCAUUAUUUUUUGUAGCGGCAUCAGUCGUACAGCAUGAGAAAAUAAGUGAUGCACAAUUAGUAAAUGAACCGGAGGAAAUAAAACAUGCUGAUAAGCAAGUAAUAAAUUCUGAAAGUAAUCAUUCUAUGAGUCAAGAUAAUCAUAGGGCAUCCAAUAAUUCCGAUAGAAUGUCCAAUAAUUCCGAUAGAACAUCCACCAAUUCUGAUAGAACAUUCAAUGAUUCCAAUAGAACUUCCAAUAAUUCCGAUAGAACCUCUAAUAAUUCCAUUAAAGUAACAGGAAGCGAAACUGUUGAAUUAAAUGUUAAAAGAACGGAUGAUCAACAAUAUGAACAAGAAAUGAAUCAACAACAUAGACAAAAGAAUCAACAAAAUAAACAACAUGGGCAACCACAAUCAGUGAUAUCACAACAAAGUGAUGACAUUAGACAAUCAUCACAACGGUCGCAAGCAUACCAAAUGAAAAAGCAAUCUGGACAAUUAGAAAACAAUUUAGUGUACGAUCAGUCAACGCGCAAUCCUAAUUCCUCGAACCAUAACAUACAAGAUGUCAUAGACAACAAAGGUGAAACCAUUAAAGUGUCAUUAACUCCAGCUUUAGGUAGCGACUUCAUUGAUUUCUCGGAUGAGGAAGAGGAAGGGAAUAGAAUAAAGACAAGACCUGGUAGAUCUCUCGAAAAAGUGGGUAAUGAUAAUGAGCUUAUAAGAACUAAUAUAGCAUCCAGUGAAUCCAUUAAGAUUGCAGAAGAAGAAGAACCUGUCAAACAGGUUUCUCCUGUGUCGACACCUGCAUCAACACCUAUGGCUGAUAAUGUUAGACGAGGUAAUCAAUCGCCUUCUUCCACGCCAUCUCCGCAAAAUAAUUCCAAAGCUCAACGUCUCAGUCCCUUGAUGAAUAACCAACAGUCUCAGUCUCCGCAACUUGGUUCUUUACCAAAUCGAUCAUCUCCACAGGCUGGAUCCAUAACAAAUCGGUCACAAUUUCAGCAAGUUGGUUCAUUGCCAAAUCAAAAUCAAGGCCAACAGCAAUCACAAAGAAACCAGAUCCCACAUCAGAUAGAUCCUCGAUCACAACUAAAUCAAUCUCAGAAACAAUCACAAAAUCAAUCACAAUUUCAACCUCAAUUACAACGACAGCCUCAGAUAUCUCCAAACCUACAACAGUCCCAGAUACAGCAACAAACAUCAAACAAAGGACUUCCGAAAGUUCAACAAGUAUCUAUUAGUGAACCGCCAAUUCAAGUAAUUCAACGUGAUUCUGGCUCAAUUCAACAAGAGACUUUACAGGUUUCUGCACAAGAUGCAGUUCAAUCAAUAAAAAUAAGAAACUCUCCAUCUCCCAUACGAGUUGUUCAACAUACACCAUCCGAAAGAUCAAUUACUCCUUUGACUCCUAUUAGUCCUUUUUAUAGUGUAAUUCGAAUAUUUGCUGGUCAAAAUAUUUUAUCAAAUGAAGAAUCAAAACUAUUUUUAUUAAGCCCGACUACAAUCACCUCUACACUCAUUAAGCAAGCAUUACACCGAUUUAAAUUGGAUGAUGUAGAGGAUUGGGAAAGUUAUCAUAUAACGAUUAAAGAAACUAAUAAAGACCAAAUUCAAUUAAUGCCUGACGAUCUCCCAUUUGAAGUCUUUCAUUCAUUAACAUCUAAUAAUCCUGUAACAUUACCUUCAAUCAGAAGGAGUUCUGUUGGAUCUGUUUCUUCAACUACCUCAAAUUUAUCUGAUAUCAGUGUAAUCAAACAAUUAGGAUUACAAAAUGAGAAGGACUAUAUUACCUUCUUUUUAAAUAGACGUUCAAAAAGAGGCAGUCGAACUUCAGGCGAGAGAAAAUUACGUGUGCGGGUGCUGGUUUAUAAUGAUGAUUUACCUAUUCACUUAAGGAACAACAAACAACACAUACCAAGAACUUCUAUGUCUGUUCCUAAACAUCUCGCUGAAAAGGCUGCAAGACGACGUUCAAGAGAAGAAGGCAAGCCCAGAGAAAAGGUUGUUAUGGUUUCUGGGCUUGCGACUGUUAGGCAAAUUAUAGAAAAAGCUAUGGAUAAAUUUGAAAUUACUGAUGGUAUUGUUGAUGAUGGCAAAAGGAUUUCAGAUACUGAUGAUAGACCGCGAUAUCAAUUAAUGGUUAUUGUUGAUGGAGAAGAAAAACCUCUUGACUCCGAAAUAAAUGUAAUUUCGGUUUAUCCAACAGCGCCGAAGCUCCAUCAUAUAUCAGUAGAUUCUGUAGACUCAUCUUCAUCCUUGGCAUUAGAUUAUCGGCCGGAUGAACCAAUGUUCGUUCUAAAACUUUUGCGACCUGAGGAUCGUCAAACACGUGCAAUGCCUGCUGCUUCUAAUAUAAAUCGAUUUACUCAAAAUUCAAACGUUCUAACACAUAAUUUAAAUAAAAAAAACGAACUAAAGACAAAUGACGAUAUAGUAAAUAAACGUAAACAGUUUAUCGAGCAGCAACGUAAACAGCUUAUCGAGCAGCAACGUGAAUACAGCCGUGAACAACAAAGAUCUAUUCUUUCUGCACAUAAAAAUACUUCACAAGGUGUUGAUAUUGUUACGAAAGUUGGUGCCAUUCGAAGUUCUCGUAUUUUUGGUGCCAAAGUUCGAUAUUCUUUUAUUCCAACAAAAGGAGAAGAAAUCGAUAUUAGUGACCUAAUUGAAGAUAUUUUGGGUGAUGAUGAUGAAAUUUUAAAUUCAGAUGAACAAAGCGACUCAUCCGUUAAUGACCAUUACAAUAAUAAUCAAGACAGAAAGAGAAGAGAUCAAUUUCGUAAAAGCACAACACAAGAUGUAGAUAUUUUAGUAAAGAUGAUAAAUAGUGCGCAUAAUAAUAAUGGAAAUGUUGUAAAAUCUUUCGAGGAAAGAAUUGAGCGUGUUCUGCAACAAGUUGAUCGAUAUGGUAAUGGCAUGGUGCCAAAUCUUGCAACUGCUUUACGUGAAACAUCAGAACAAUCAUUCCGGCAAAAUUCAAUUAACAAUUCACAGAAAGAUGUACCAGUACUUAAUGAACGUUCUAAUAGUCUAUCAAGUAGUUGGUCUUUUCCAUCACCAACACGUUCUACUGCCACGCCUGAUGAUUUUAGUAAUGAUUUUGAUGAUGAAGACGACGAUUCAGUAUCAGAAUUGUAUUCUUCAAGAUUUAAAAAUUUACCAUCAUUAACAAUAGAAAGAUCACAAUCUCAAGAGUCUCUUUCUCGAACGCCCCAUAAAUCAAGACAAAGAUCAUUCUCUUCUGCAUCAAACAAUUCUAUAAACACUAACACUACCUUAGAUUCAAUAACACCAGGAAACCACCUUCCAUUAUUUAGAAAGUCAUCUACUGCCUCUUCAUUUACGGACAGUGAUUGGAUAUUAACAGAUGACUUUGGGUUACAAGAAUUAUUGAUACUUGUCAGAUCCGGGGUAAAUAUGUUAGAAUUAAAAGAAAGGAGAAGAAGUGGAUGGCAAAUACAUGAGGAUCCUGAAAAAAUAUUACAUGCGAUUAAACUCACGGAUAUUAGAAAUGAUAUUAGGGACGUUUUUGAUAAUGUUAACAAUGAAUUGGAUCAAUUAGAACAAGAACUCGACCAACUUAUGGAUGAUGCUAUAAAGGUUUUCUAG